AUGAGAUCACUGCUUCCAAGGAUAGUCUCUCCAAACCAAACGGCUUUUGUCAAGGGCCGAAGUAUCACAGAAAACACAAUGAUUGCAAGAGAAAUUGUCCACUCAAUGAAGAAAAAACGAGGCUCGAGAGGCUUCAUGAUGAUAAAAAUUGAUAUGGAGAAGGCCUAUGACAAGUUAGAUUGGAAUUUUUUAAUCCAAGUCCUAUCCUUACUCGGAUUUCCUACUCAAUUCCAAAAUUGGAUAAAGGCUUGCAUCACAGUAAAGGAGAUUAAGCUACUUCUCAAUGGUUCAAUAAUGGGGAAAUUCAAACCUACUUGCGGGCUACGGCAAGGGGAUCCGCUAUCUCCCACCCUUUUUAUAUUGGCGGCAGAAACACUUUCGAGACUAUUCUUUGAAAUGGAGAAUAAGAACCGGAUUAAGGGCUUUAGAAUGGGAAGACAAGGAGAUUCGGUUACCCACCUUAUGUUUGCGGAUGACAUCAUCCUGUUUGGACAAGCUACUCUGAAGGAAGCCAAAGCGUUUAUGGAUUGUCUCAACGAGUAUUGCAACUGGUCGGGCCAAUCAAUAAACCUCAUGAAAUCAACCGUUACAUUCACUAGGGGAGUUCCACGGCCUAGGACGCAUGCUAUCUCCCAAUUCCUUUCGAUGAAAAAAAUGGCGCCUGAUGCUUCGUACUUGGGGAUCCCACUUUUCAAGUCAACCAAACGAACCAAAGACACAGAGUUCAUUAUCGACAAAGUGCUGAAGAGGGUCCAAGGUUGGAAAACAAGACUAUUAUCUUCUGCUGGGAAGACCUGUCUCGUUAAAUCGGUUGGUUCAUCAAUUUCCAACUAUGUUGUUGCUUCGGAUGUCCUUCCUUUACACAAUGCCAGGAAAAUUGAUAAAUCGCUCCGUGAUUUCUGGUGGGGAGAUAUGCCAGGAAAGAGAUCGAUGCAUACGAUUGCUUGGGAUGUACUAUGCCGCCCUAAGGUCUGUGGUGGAUUAGGCUUUCGCUCAACGGAAUCCAUUAACACUGCCUUCCUUAUGAAAUGGGCUUGGAAAGCUCUUACUGACAAUACCAGUCUGUGGAGUAAGGUGGUCAAUGACAAAUACAUUCAUAACCGUGAUUUCAUGGACAUUCAAGCUAGCUCUACGGAUUCUACUCUAUGGAAAGCAAUCUUGAAUACGAGAAACCUCUUAUCUAAGGGGAUGUGUCGUAAAAUCGGUGAUGGUAAGACCACUUCAAUUUGGUUCCAUCCGUGGGUUCCCAAUGGCAUUCUACAGCCCCAACCCCGUUUGGAUGCCACGGUUGGUAUCAGCUUAGUGGAAAAUUUCAUAGGACACAACCAGUGGAACGAAGAUUUGGUCCGAAGGUGGUUUAAUCAUUAUGACGCCAAAAGAAUCCUAAACAUUACCCUUCCUAACAUCCCGUCCCCUGACUCGUGGAUUUGGCUCCCAGAGCAUAAUGGUAAAUUCUCUAUCAAAUCUGCUUAUAGAGUAGUUAAAAACGUGAAUGCCAACGUUACCAAUGAUGCUAAGUGGAGAAUUAUUUGGGGGGCCAACAUCCAUAGUAGACUUAAGAUGUUAUGGUGGAGGAUUCUCUCUAACAAUCUCCUCACUCGGAGUAAACUCAACUCAAUGUUCUCCAUUAGGGACACCGAAUGUCCUCUGUGCUCUUCGGACGUAGAAGAUUCAUUUCACCUCUUCUGGAAAUGCCACUAUGCAAGGGCCUUGUGGUUUAGUUGUAUCUGGAAUUUGAGAACUGAUCGGCCAGGCAUCUUACACUGGGAUGCUUGGUUGACAUGGUUCAAGCUGGAUGCCAACCGGCCAAGAGGUCUCAACUUCAAUGCCUUUCUCGAAGGUGCAGCAAUCAUUUUUGAGAAAAUAUGGACUGAACGUAACAACAGAAUUCACAAUGCGAAAGAUACUCCGUUGAAUGUUGUCCUCUUCCACACUAAUAGAAGGCUUUUGGAAAUGCUCAAUCUCUGCAACCAAGAGAGUUCUCAGAAUCAAUACUUGCUGCAGCCCCCUCCUGGGUGGACCUUCUGCAACACAGAUAUUGCAAUUGGAGACAACUUCUCUGUUGGGGCUGCUAUUUUCAGAAAUGACCAAGGUAGAGUAUUCCAUGCCUGCACUAAACGAUUCUCCUACUCUGAUGCAUUGGCAGGGGAAGUUGCUGCGUUAUCCUGGGGUGCGGAAUCGGCCAAAGCUAUGGCCAUCAACAAUAUAAUCUUCCUCAGUGAUUCGGCCGAAGCUGUCAAAGCAGUUUGUUGCACUAAACUUCGAGAUCGUUCAACCAUGUUACAUCAUAAUAUUCAGGACCUAGUCUACUUGUUUCUGGAUUCAGCAAACCUCCUGGGACUCUGGGAGGCCUCUUGGAUCCCUCGGACGAACAAUGGUGUGGCGCACUCGGUAGCCAAGUGGGCACUCGAUACAAACCAGUUUGGGAGUAUUGAUCUGUCCAAUUUUGACAGUUCCCUGCUUCCUCCUUGA